CAAGAAGGAACUCAUGAGCAUUUUGUCUGAUCCAUGAUCUGGUUAGGAGAGGGGAAGCGAUCCCUCUCCUCUUGCCCUUCCUUUCCCAGUUUUGAAAUUAUUCCAUUCCUACCACCGCCGCCCUCCCGUCCUUCCCCCUCUUCCCCUUCCCCUUCCCCUCCACUGAAUGAAUGGAAGAGUCUCCACGGUUUUCUUCUGCUUCUCGCCCUGGACUGGAGAAGUGAAGGGGGCAUCUAUCCUCAUCCAUCUCUUUCUCGCUCCAUCCAUUCUCAAGGGGAUUUCAGACCGUGCAAUGUGUUUUCAGCCUCUUGCCGCCGCUACCACUUGAUACUAUGUUAUGCGCAGGGAGAGGGUUUUGCAAAAAUGGAUUUAUUCUAUUUUAAAGGAUUUCUUCUCUAAUAAGGUUCUCAUUGCACACAAAUAUGACUAAAUCCCCUAUUUGGUAAAUCUUUCUCUACCCCACCCCUCCUCUUUGGGUUCCCUCCCGCCCGCCCCCACCCCUUCAGAGGAGCAAGCACAGGGAGCUGAUGACGGACCCAUUAAUCCCUUCUUCAAUGCAUCAAAAGAAGCCGAAGGGCUGGAAGUCGCUGGGCUCUGAGUCCUGCAGGAAAUGCUUCGAUCUGCUUUUGGUUCUGUAUGAAACUGGUGACUAGGGGCUCGGCUCGCUCCGCCGCCGCCCGCCGGCACCUGGAUGCGCGGGCCGCCGCCGCCGCCGCCGCCUUGCCCGCCGCCGCCGCGAUGCACCGCUCGUGGCGGUGCUGGUGAUCGCUCGGGUGUGAUGGGAUUGAGCCGGCGGUGAUCAUUUGAAGGCGGUGAGGGAGAGCGAGGGAGAGGAAAGGCUGCUCAGCUCUGCUGUGUGUGUGGGGGCUUCGGGCUUUUUUUUCUUUUUUCUUUUUUUUUUUUUUUUCUUUUUCUUUUCCUACUUCCAUCCUCUCCCCGCCACUGGAAGUCCUCCCGUAUCUAAAUGGAAUUAGUGGAGACCGAAGCCCCUUGUGUAAGGAACAGACAUGACCCAUGGGCGCAGCUUCUUUCACAUUGUAGCAAGUCUAAUCAUCCUACAUUUCUCUGUGGCAACCAAAAAAGGAACAGAAAAGCAAACUGUGUCCGAAGGACAGAGACCAGUGCAGUGUGGAACUUGGACAAAAUAUGCAGAAGGAGGCAUCUUCACUUCUCCAAAUUACCCCAACAAGUAUCCUCCGGACAGAGAGUGUGUCUACAUUAUAGAAGCUGCUCCUAGACAAUGCAUUGAACUACACUUUGAUGAAAAAUAUUCCAUAGAGCCUUCUUGGGAGUGUAAAUUUGACCACAUAGAAGUACGAGAUGGACCUUUUGGCUUUUCCCCAAUCCUUGGACGUUUCUGUGGACAGCAAAAUCCACCUAUGAUAAAAUCCAGUGGCAGGUUCCUGUGGAUUAAAUUUUUUGCUGAUGCUGAACUGGAAUCCAUUGGGUUUUCUGCUCGGUAUAAUUUUACACCUGAUCCAGAUUUUAAGGACCUUGGUGUUUUGAAGCCAUUGCCAGUUUGUGAGUUUGAGAUGGGAGGACCUGAAGGAAUUGUGGAAUCUGUACAAAUUGUUAAAGAAGGAAAAGCUUCUGAAACUGAAGCAGUAGACUGUAAAUGGUACAUCCGAGCACCACCCCGAUCCAAGAUCUAUUUGCGAUUUUUGGACUACGAGAUGCAGAAUUCCAAUGAAUGCAAAAGGAAUUUUGUAGCAGUCUAUGAUGGAAGCAGCUCGGUGGAGGAUUUGAAGGCGAAGUUUUGCAGCACAGUUGCUAAUGAUGUGAUGCUGAGGACAGGUCUGGGUGUAAUCCGCAUGUGGGCAGAUGAAGGCAGUCGAAACAGCCGAUUCCAGAUGCUCUUCACAUCUUUCCAAGAACCCCCUUGUGAAGCCAACACAUUUUUUUGCCACAGUAAUAUGUGUAUAAAUAAUACACUUGUCUGCAAUGGACUCCAGAACUGUGUGUAUCCCUGGGAUGAAAACCACUGCAAAGAAAAAAGAAAAGCAAACCUAUUGGACCAACUUACCAAUACCAGUGGGACUAUAAUUGGGGUGACUUCUUGCAUUGUGAUCAUCCUCAUUGUUAUCUCUAUUAUAGUACAGAUCAAGCAGCCUCGUAAAAAAUUUGUCCAAAGGAAAACAGACUUUGAUCAAACAGUAUUCCAGGAGGUGUUUGAGCCUCCUCAUUAUGAAUUAUGCACCCUUAGAGGGACGGGGACUACAGCUGACCUUGCUGACGUUGCAGAUGACUUUGAAAAUUAUCAUAAACUGCGGAGAUCCUCUUCAAAAUGCAUUCAUGACCAUCACUGUGGAUCACAAGUGUCUAGUAUUAAGGGCAGCCGUAGUAACCUCAGCACAAGAGAUGCUUCUGUCUUGACAGAAAUACAACCCCAGCCUGUAAAACCACUUGUUCAGCCCAUGAACAGGAGAAAUAUCCUUGUCAUGAAGCAUAGCUACUCACAAGAUGCUGCUGAUGCGUGCGAGAUAGACGAAAUUGAAGAGGUGCCAACCACAAGUCACAGGCUGUCCAGACAUGAUAAAGCUGUUCAGCGGUUCUGCCUCAUUGGGUCUCUAAGCAAACAUGAGUCUGAGUACAACACAACUAGGGUCUAAGAGAAAAACCUGAGAGAGAACAUAUUUUAACUUAGUUUUGAUUUCAGACAAUUAUUCAUGCAGUCAUGCAAACUCUGGAUGGAAAAAUCUAUAAUGAAGUAUCUCAACUCUCUGAAAGAGAUUGGACAAUUAUCUAAUUUAAUUUAAUUGCCUUUAUGCAAACCUAAGGAGUAUAGACAUAUCUUACUUCCUUGUCAAGACAUUCCCAUUGCACAAAAAUAUAUUUCUUUUGUAAUUUGGUUUCUGGCCACAAAGUGCUUCUUAGUGUUUGGAAAUUUGUUGAAAACUUGAGGAAGAGAUUAGUUCUUGAGACUGUCCUUUUAUUUAUUUUAAUUUUUUUAAGUCAUAGUUUUCUUUAAGUUGACCUGUUUUAUGUCUGUUAUUUACUUGUAUGUUGUGUGAUAUGUAGAAGAAGAUUUACAUUGAACUUUUGUUAUAUGUACGUUGUUUUCAUUAUAUAGACUGCUUGAGAAUAGUGCGCUCCUGGGUGAUUUUGAACAUGCUACAAUGAAAUAUGAAACUAUCGUCCUUGGAAACACCAGCUAGAGGUUUUAUGGACUCUGACCAGCUAUUCUCUUAUCAUGAAAUAAUUCAGCAGUGUUGAGUAAAAUUACUAGAAGGCAAUAAGACUUUGGUUAUUAUGCUUAUCAGUCAUUUCUCUUUUUGUUUUUCUCUCUUCUUUUUGUUGCAAGUAAAAUUCCCAAUUUCAGGAACAAUUUAUUGAAAUCAGGUAUUUAGCCAUUCAUAAUCACUUCAAUAGAAACGUUUGUUGGAUAAGCAUCUAGCAAUAUGACUGAAUUUGACAUUGAGAAAUUAAUCUGCAUGAAUGUUACUGAAUAUUUGAGUUGGCAAAAAUCCCUUUAUUAGAUACAUUGUAAAAAGCAUGCAUUCACAGUUAUUGCUGUUACUGUUCCAUUUCUGUGUCAUAUGCUUGCUACUUGUAACUUUUAUAUAAAAAUACAUAAAACAAUGUAUAAUAAUUUUGUACCUUGAGUUUAAUGCAAUGUUUUCUUUUACCUAAUUUACCAAUUCUGUGUAAUUCAGGAGAUUAAGCUCAAAAUGUAGUUUCUAGGAUUUUGAAACGCAGAUAUAGCAGAGAAUCAACUGCCUCUCAUCCCUCAAUUACCCAACAGAUCUUAAUUUUUUAAGAUUUAAAUGAAUUCAUAACGGGUUGAUCACCUAAUUUCAAUUAAAAGGUUUGUGAUAAUCUAUGUAUUCCAUUCUGUACUCUUAACUAAUUUAUUUCCAUGGCAAUAGUUAGGAAGUUUACUUCUGUCCAGGAGAGUAGCAGAUUUUUUUUGUUACACAAAUCUUAUGGUUCCAACUUUAGAAAUACAGACAUAAACCCUUUCCUAAUGCAAGAUAAAAAUAUGUUUGUAAUUCAAGCUGUAAGUAUUAAUGACCAAUACCAAAAUCAAAUUUGAGAGGUCAAAUUUUCAAGGAAUUACUAUAGGUUGAAGAGCCACUAUUUUGUAAAGUUGAAAGCCUCCUCAUUUAAGAACUCAAUAACCAUGCAUAGAAUCACAUUUUCAUUAUCUAUUUGAAGUGUAUCUUUCAAGUUCUCUCCCAAAACAAAUUUCUGCUCCUUCUGAAUCAUCUUGUGUCAUUCAUGGUAGUUAGGUUUUUCUGCAGAAAAUGUUGCUAGAUUUAUUAGAAAAAGUGUAAAUAAUUCCAUCUAUGUUCCUAAACUAUAAGUACAUGAGAAAAAAGAAAAACUAAAAGACUGACAUAAAAAUAUAAGGUGCUCUGUAUGAGCUAUUUAAAUAUAUAAUAUAUCAUUUGCAUAAUUAAAAAUACAUAAAAUCUAAAUUCUACAACUGUGACAUAAUAGUGACUUGAGAAGAAGGCUUACAGGUAACUUUUAUAUUUACAAUGUAUUUUACAACUAUUUUUUUUUGCCUGAAUAAUUUGUUUGUUUUCACAUAUUAGCUGCAGAAGCAGUCCUCUAUCUUCUGCAGUCAUUGAGAGUCAUUGAGCCAUCCCUCAGUUACAUGGGUUUGCAGUAUGCGCUAAAAGUUCAUUUCCAGAUCAGGAGCUCUUCACAAGUUCAUGUGAUUUAUGAGUGUUUUUUUCUUUAACCUUUCCAAGUCCUAGCUCAUCAUCCUUUUUUUAAGUAGAUGUUAAGAUAUUUGCCACAUCCAUGCUUAAAUUGGAUGCACCCAUGCAUCCCUUAUAAAAUGAAGGAAGAAUUCAAGAUUUGCUAAAUUAAAUGUAUAUACAUGCAGACACUUGUAUGUAUAUUUAUAGAUAUUUAGUAUUGGAUAUAGUGUAUAAAAUAAGGAAAAAUCUAAAUAUAAAUUUAACUUUGAAUGAAUUAUAUUUUUCACACAGAAAAAUGCUGAACUUGUUUGUUAAAGUCACUGUAUAAUAAUAACUAAGUGCCUAAAUCCCACUGUAACACGGAGUUUGACCAGUCCCUCCUAGACAGUACAUAAUAAAACUAAUUUUAAGAUUUUUCCAGUGAAGUGUUAACUGAAAGAACUGAACUUGAGAAGACAUGGAUAUUAAUAAUUAUACUGCAUGCACAUCCUUGUUUUCUUUUAAAAAUGUCUAAUUGUGUCACAGAGAAAGGAUGGAGAAACAUAAAAUGCUGUGUAAACUGAACAAGUCAAGCAAAGUGAGAAUGUAAAUGCUUGAUCCUGGAAACUCCUUUAGAAACAUAGUGCCUAAUAUCUAGGUAUACCCUUAAACAAAAAAAUAUUGUUAUUACAAAAUACAGGUAUAGUGGAGUAACAGGGUCAAAUUGUAUCUAUUAAAAUAUUUUUAACAAAUAAUUCAAACACAGAUAAAAUACUAUAAGUAAAAUAUUUAAUUUCAAGUAAUUGAAUUCUUUGUACAGUCAGUGGGAAUAAUAGCCUAGUCCACUAUACCACAAACAAUAAAGAUAAUAUUUUCUUCUUAUCACACAUAGAUCUUAAUGUGAUCUAUGAAACUCAAAGUAUUAGAAAGCAGUUUUCCUUUUCUAUCAGUAUUUUUAAUUACUAUGAAUCCGCAUGUUUAAAACCAGAAGGAAGUUCAAACAAGCUUUAAAUUUUAUGGAAACGAAGUUUGGGUUAAAUUUAGGCAGCUGUAUGUGUUAAUAUUGUACAAAACAGUAAAUUACUGAUUAGCUGAGCUGCUAGUCCUAGCUUCAUGCAUUUUAGCUCAUGUUUGCCGUAAACUAAAACUUCGAAUUAUAUCUACUAGAUAAUUUUUUGUUUGGUGCAAUGAGGGUGAUUUACAGCUAUGUUGACAGUAUAGUUAUUUCUUACAUACUUUUUAAAAAUGAGGUUUUGUUAUCAUAGUGCAUUGAAAUAUUAUUUAUAGUUUUGUGGUCAUUUUUUUUUCCCUCCAUAGAUGUAGUAUGAUGGAUAUACUUUUAUUUUUGCAUGAUAGUUGAACAGCCACACUCAACCUUUUUUCUCUGCUCUGGGAAAUAUGGCCUUUGCAAUUUACCAAGGACUCUCUGCAGCAUCAUUUAAAAAACUCAGAAAGUUCAUAUUGUAAAUCAUCCUUAUUUAAACUUUUUCUAUCUUCACAGUUCUAAAAACAGGUUGGGGAAAAAAAAAGUCUCUGAUAAAUGUUAGCAUCUUAUCCUUCAAUUUUUCUCAAUUUUUAUGCUGGAGAUAUUUUCUUGAACCUAUAAACAAUGUAGCCUGUGAGAGGGAAUAAGAGAAAGUAGGAAGGUUUCUUGUUAAAGAGAAAUUGUUAGCCCCCACACCCUCCCACACCCCUCAAAAAAAUUAGACAAAGAAAAGAAACACAGAAAGGUAGUAUAAUUAGAAGAAGAAUAUAAAGGACUUUUGCUAAUACCUAUUCCCAAAUUUGCAAACAUUUUUAUGACUGAUAAUUUCUUUAACCACCAAAUAAAAGCAUUCUGUUCAUGUCCAGCCUUGAAAGACAGGAUACUUCACAGAACACUGUCCUACAAACAAAAUUUUUUUGUGUGUGUGUCUUUUGCUUUAUGUGUGAAUCUCCCUGAUACCACAAAGAUAUUUCAACUGAGGGAGCGCAGCUGAAGUACUAAGGCAUAUACUAAAGACAAAAGCUGCACCAUUCAAAACUGUUUUGAAGAUAGAAGUCUAUAUCUGAUCUGAAAAUAUCUCCUUAUUUGUGGCUCAGCACUUGAUGUGAAGUCUUACAUUCACAACUCUACUGCUCAUCAUCAUUACCUUAGGAUCAUCUCUCUCUACUCUUUGAUGAUCACUUUACAUCUUUAUCACUUGUUGCUUUUCAUUUCUGUCCACAGUGAGUUUAGAGUAUAGCUCUGUUCCUGUCUCACCUCAAAAUUCACUGAAAAUGCUGAAUUCCUACCAGCUCCCUGCCUUUGUGUUACCCUUGAAUCCACCACCUCUUUCCCACCUGUCAUUUUAGAGACGUCUUAAUCUCUUAAUCAUACCUUGCCUAUAAACGGCAAAAUGAAAACCUGAGAUCUCAGCAUAUCCUAAUCAUUCUCAAUUUAUGUAAAAAAAGAAAAGCUGUGUAGGUGCACUGGAAUGGACAAGAGGAUGGGCUCAUUAGGGAAUACUGGGCAUACUGGGUCUGUGUUUUAAUGACUGUGCAUCUGUGUUGUCUGGGCUGUCUACCUCCAUGUGUUGGCAUGAACGCCCCUGUGAUAUCCAUACCUCAGUGUUCAUCCACCAUUCUAAUUCUCCCAGUUUACACCAUUGUCAAACCAUGUCCAGCACUUCUAAGUUUACUUCUGUGCUGCAUUUAUAUUAGUAUGUAUCUCCACACAACAUAAAUUCUUGUCCUAGCCUCCUUCACAUACCUAUUAAAACAGUGCACAGCCUGGCAAACACCUGCCAAUGGUGUGGCAGAGGUAAGGUAAGAACAGCAAGGUAAGAACAUCACCUACCAGAAGAAGCAGGAGUUGCUGCUUCCAUCCAUUUUCUUUCCCAGGAAAAGGAAUUGUGCUGAUCCACAAUCUCCAAACAAGGUCAAUAUGGGAAAAAAAUGGAAGCUGCUCUCUCCUUUAAUCAAUGAAUCCUAACUGGGAGAAGAGACAAAUUAAGAAGCCCAUGAUGAAAAAUGGAAAGAACAAGACUGCUUAGAUUUCUUUACCAAAGUAACAGUCCUGACCAACACUCUGCAGCAUCAUUUCAUCUCUUCAGUCUUAGUUAAAGGAAAACUGUAGUUGAAACCUUCCUCGUCCCAAGGAGAAGGAUGCUACAACUGUGAGUACCAAUUCUAUUCAGACCUCUGGAAGGACUUAAAAACUUCUUGCAUAAAUGUAGGCAGACAAGGACUUACUGGGCAUAUGAGGGUAGUAUUGUGCUGCUACAUGUAACUUCUAGUUAUUUAGAUCUCUUAAGUUUUCAUUCUUCAGUCAGUCCUCCAGAAAGGUACAUAAUAGACAGACUUAACAACUUUUAAAAAUGGUGGCUUUACAAGAAAGAAAUCACUUGGUAUUUAGUUUAGUUGGAUGUGAAAAUACCUGUGGUUCUUGCUGCAGCUAUUGUGAAAAAAAAGUGCUUUUUUUUUUGCAGAGAUGCUAGAUAAAUGUUAUGCUGGUUAAAUGAACCAUUCAGUUGGAUUAACUGCAUCACUAAAUGAAAACACCUUUCAUCUGAGAUUUUACUUGUAAAACUGCAGUGCCUGAUUCAUGCUUUAGUCACAUCCUCCUUCUAGAUCCUGCUAUUUUUCUGAGUUCAGUGAAGGUUUUAGGAAAAAUCAGUUUGUUGUAAGUGAGUGAUUUCCACCAUCUUUAAUGAAGCCAAAAAUAUAAUUUUUACUGGGGAAGGAGAGUUUCAUUCUCAUUUGUCAGUGCUAGAGGAGUUUUCAACACAAGUUGUCUACUCUUUCCCUUUGUUUAAAAAUCAGCAAUUUAAAGAAAAUUCAAUGCUCUAUACUAAGGUGAUCCAUGUAAGUUUGAAAAGAGAAGUAAAAUUAUGAAAGAGAACACUAGAAAUCUAAAGUGAGAAUAUUUUCCCAAUGAUCAAAGCAACAAUAAUAUUUUCAGAAGUUACAGUUGAACCCUUGGUUAUUACACAAGCCCAAUCCUAGACUUCAUUUUUAAAAUAAAUUUCAUAUUAUCAUAAGAUAAAGUUCAGCUCAGGAAUAUGAGUGAUUUUAUAUUUUUAUACAACUAAAAAAUUCAAAUUUAACAUUUAAAAAUCUGUAAGGUGCUGACAUCCUUUAAGCACAGCUGAUUUUGCUGAUCAGAAAGAAUUACUCUCUCUUUUUUUUUCAGAGACAAGCCUCUGCAUUUUGAGUUUUCCUUGCCAAAUGGAAGACAUUUUUAAUUUCUUUCCAACAUUUUCACUCCCACAUUCUACUGACUGGUUUUGGUGCAGAAAACACCCAUGGGGUGAAUUUUUUUGAUAUUCUGAGCAUAUCUGGCACCACUUUAGUAAUGAAACACUACAUUACAGCUCUGCCUGCAGGAAUAAUUUCUUCAACUGUUAUCUAAGUUUCAUGGCCAAGAUCCAGGCCCAGAGACUUGUGCUGUCAUUUGAGAAUAACUUCAGUGACAUAAAGUAUCUUGUUAGAUUUUAGUAUCUUGUUAGCUUUUAGUAUCUUGGUAAAAAGUCUACACUAAUCUAGGCAAAUAUUAUUUCACUAGAAAUAAUUUAAAUCCUACAUUUUGAAAAUGUCAACAUGCCAUCUCCAUGUGUUAAUAUCACCAUCUCUUUGAUGAUUGAAAAAGAGAGUGAUGUUAGCAUGGAAAACUUAGAGUUCAUAGCAGAAGGCAGCAAGGAUUUUGUGACAUUUUUAUUAAAUAUGCUACAAUUUUCAGACUUGGGAUUUUUUUUCCUUUAACUCAGCUAGAAUUUUUAGUUUUACUCCUCCCUUUUGUGAUACAAACUUUUUAGCCUUCAUGUGACUAUCAGAGUAGCAUCUCUUUUGCAAUUCAAGAGCUUACAGGGACUCAAAAAGAAAAAAUAUUUCCUGUGCUGGCAUACACUAUACAGAUUUAUAAAAAGUCUGUCAAAUGUCAUUAGAGUUUAUCUGGAUCACAGUGUGCUGCUAAAAAUUAUUAGAUUACAGAUGCAUAAAAAUUAAAAUAGGAGAUUACUCUGGAAGUUCUGCACAACUUUGGUUUUCUAAGAUUUUAUUAUUCAAUUGGAUUUGAUCAAAAGAGAAAUCUCAACAGGCAUAAACUUUUAUGGAAAUCUCAAGAGGGAUAUAAACUUUAUACAGCAUCAAGUUUUAAACACACAUUGGAAUUUAUGGAGUAAAAAGUAAGAGAACAUUUAGAAACUUUUUUAAUGCUUUGAGAAAAUGAGUGCUUCUUCUAUCUCAGAAUUAACCAAACAGAUUUUCAAGAAGCUCCUUUCUAUACAAUCUGUGCAUAGUUAUGAACAAUCCAUUUAAACGGGAGGUAUAAGAUGCAAUAUUUAAGAAGGAACAUAAGUAGAUCAUGGUAGUGAAAGUGUUCAGAAGUAUGGUGUGUGAUUCUGAACCUAGUAAAUACACCUUGAAAUACUGCAAAAUUUUAGUCCCUCUGGUUUCCUCACUGUAAGGCAUAUGAUUUAAAACUGUGACAUACCGAGGGCAUAAUAGCCAAUUAAUUAAAUUGGAAAUUAAUUAAAUAGGAAAUUUCUCUCUCAGAGCUCCUGAAUCAGAAUUUUAUCAUCCAGCCUCUGAGCCUCAACACCCUCUGCUGAGCUGAUAAUUCAGAAGGCUCUUUGUGACAGACCUCUUGUUGUUUUUGUUAGGACUACAAAACCCACCUCCAGAUAUGACAGUAAUAGCAGAAGUCAGUGGGUGAUGAAAAAUUUGCUUCAAUUAACCUUUAACUAUGUAGCUGUAUUGCCUUUUAUUUGUCUUUACAUUUUACCAAAUUAAAGUAGAAGUUAGAGGGUAGCUAAUUUAUUUUAAAAUAUGUUCUAGCACUCUGUCUGGAUUUUCUUUAUCAUUCUUGAAACGUCUUUGCUGAUAAACACCUAUCAAAUGUUUCUUAUUUUAUGCCAUGGCUCAGACAUUUAACUUGAGAAUGAAGUUCUGAAGAUUUAAAUUUUGUUAUCUUACCUCACCCCUUGACAUUUAUCAACAUUUCAAAGCUCUCCAGCCUCUCAGGAUCUGCUAUCCAGUUUGAAGCUGACUUUUGUCAGUGCUGAAUACCAGCCGCAUCAGAAGAAAGAAAAAAAACUUUUCAUCACCAGAUUAUUAAUCCAUUUUCUCAAUGAGAAGAACAAUCUGAGUACUAGAGCCACGUGGUGCCUUCUACUGCUAGGUGGGAAAAAAACCCCAACAUUUCAAUUCAUGGGUUGUAUUUUUGCUAUGUGAAAACAGUCCUUGUCUUCAAUUUCAAAGCUUAUUGAGGAGAAAGUGGAAAUCAAAGGAGGACGAUGAGGAAAAAAAAUAAAGCAAAACCCCAGCAGUGGUAAGUAAAUACAUAAUAGUAGACUUGUGCCUAAAAUUAAUGUAUAUCAUAAUAUGGAGCAGAGCCACUUCUGUUCCUUUGGAAUAAUUUGCAAAUUCUCUAAUGAGUUUAUGGAAAUUGUUUUUAGACCUGGAUCAGGUGUUGUAUUCUAACAGUCAAUUAAUUUGUCUUAAUCUAUUUCUGAUAUUUAAUGACUCUCUACAUUCCUCUAAAUUCCUAAAUGCUGUUUAAAGGUGUUAGAAACACAGUUCAAACAAUUUCCACUACUUCACUUAUUUUGUAGGUCAUAUAUAGAUCAUAUACAGAUCACAGGAACUACAAUAUGGAAUACCUGUUGAGCCUAGAAAAGCAUAUGCAUAGCUAUGACAUCAAGUCAGUACUAUAAUAAUAGAGCAUUGCUUGAAAAAUGGGGAAAAUACAAUGAUGUUUUAUAAUGUCACAUUGAAGGAUGCAAUCCACAGAACCCCAGGAAAGAACAUUUUAGAGACAAGGCAGUACAGAUCACCUCUAAAAAGCUUUCCUUUGUUCUUUUUCAUAUGCUGACUUCUACAAUAAUAGCAAACAUUGUGAAGGAGAAAGGGAGAGCAAAGGCAUAAAGCAGAUUUUUUUUUUCUUUCAUAAUAAUAGUAAUGCUUAUCUCUGCAUCUACUGCUUGGUUAAUGUAUUGUUUGGGGAGAAUUCAGUGCUGAUAUAGCCUUUCAAUCAUAACAUGCAAGGAUGAUGCUUAUGCAAGCCUUCUACAAGAUUGUUAUUGAAGUUUCAUAAAAUUCAUAAAUCAAAUAAACAUGAAAUGAGAAUAUUACAUCAUUUUACCUUUGUUGGUUUCAGCAGGAAAUUCAUUCUAGAUUAAAAAAUCUGUGGAAAGCUCAAGUUUGAACAAAAGUCAUUAAUCUCUCCCCACUCCAAGUCAUGCAUAUUGUGGAGUUUAAUACUGACUAAUUUGCUAAAAUGUGGUGCUUAUGCUGACAUAUGCUAUCAAUAUUCUGAUGCGGCAUCACUUAGAAUGCAUAUCUCCCAGGUACAUGGAUAUUCUAUUACAAACACAGGAGCUUGUAUAUCCCCAGAGAGCAAUAAGCAGUCAUCAGCUUGCUGAAAACUGCAAAUGUGCCCAUGCUAAUGCUUCAAGUAUUUGGACUGCUAUUACACAAAGAAGCUGGACAGAGAAAUACGAAGGAAGGCUUUAAACUGUUUCCAGAAUAUUUUAUGCUUGGCAUUACAAAAUGUAUUUCAAUUUAUUUAAAUGCUUAUCAGUUUACUUUCUGAAGAUGUUAUAUUCUGGGGGGAAAAAAAGAUGCAACUAAAAUGUCAUGAUGUUUAGGAAAUAUCUGUUCAACCAGCUCAUGACUAAGGAAACUCCACCCUAAAUUUAUUUGUAUUUUUUUAUUGGUUUCUGUGUCUUUAAAUCUUCCUUCAUGGAUAUUAGUCAAAGGUAUUUAAUGUCUCAAAGCUGAAUCUUGGUUGAAAUCUUGUAUAGUUUAACCUUUUCUGGCUUAAGCAUGACAGAAACCAAAGGAAAGAUAGGUACUUGUCAUUUCCUCAAGCCUGUGCCACUGCAAGGAGAGUUGAGAAGGAAACAGCCUCAUCUGAAAAACUUUAAAAGUUUUUAGACUCUUCAGCCCAUCAGAAACAAAAGUCCCACUGCUGUAAAAGGGUGUCUUUUUCUGCUAUCAAAAAAAACCAAAAAACAAAACAAACAAACAAAAAAAAAACAAAAACAAAAAAAACCCACAAAAAAAAAAAACACCAAAAAAAAAACAACCAACCAAAAAAAAAAAAAAAAAAAGAAACAUGAGAGGCAGAUUAAGGCUGUCUGACAUUCUUCUAAUUUAUUAGUAGGUGGUUGUUCAUCUGCAUUCAUUUUCAUGAAACUCUGAAACUGAUCCGGGAAGUUUCAAGCUUAGCCUGCCACAUGAAAGAAAAUGGCAUCUAACCAGUGGUCCAAGGAAUAGGACUCCUCUUUACUCCUUUGACUUUCCCUAUUAAUCUAAUGAAUGUUUACCUUUAAAAAGAGAAGGAAUAAUUCUUACAUGAGUAAUUUAACAGAGAACUAUGCAAGAACAACUACAGUGCCGUGCUUACAGGCAAUUAGUUUUAAAAUAGUUUCCAUUAAGAUGAAUUCACAGCUUCAGGUAACAGUAUCUGAAACCUUCCAGCUGAAGGCAGUCUCUGAUAUUGGUUCUGCCUUUCCAUGUUUCAAUUCUGCUGUUCCAGUAGAAUUUGGGAACUCCUUCUGAGGGCUGGAAGCAAAUCCCUACAGAAGAAGAGAUGCUUCACAACAUAUGCCUUACACAGCAGCCACCCCUCCUCUCAGCGCAGUCAUUCUCACAGAUGACCCAGGUCAAAGGGGUGGCAGUAACCAGUAUCAGUUGGAGGAAAAAGAGCCUGAAGGGGUGUUGGAUAAGGGAAACUGAGGUCUUUUUCUAGUGUAUUAUUGGUGCUACUUCACCAGUAACAACUGAUAAGUCAUCUUGCCUUUGCAAGUAAAAGGGAGAGAAAUUUUCCUUUGUCGGCUCUUCCUUAUGUGAACUUGCACCUUAUCUGAGCUUACAGCAAAUGCUAACUGGCCGAGUGGAUUAAAAACACAGGGGUCUUUUCCUAUCAACUAAUUUUGCAUUUUCACUUAUUUUUUAGAGGACAGUUCCAUAUUUUUUUGUUUAAAUAGAUCUACCUUGUCUCCAAGGUGUUAAACACCUCAGGUUUUAGUGCAGGAUAGGUUUUAAACAUGUCAGUAGAGUAGUCAGUUCUACUGCAAAUCUCAGUUUUCAGUAUUGUUGUUUAAAUGAAUUCAUAGUCAAACAUACUCGCCUCAUGAAUACUUAUUUCUUUUGAUCCAGGUCAAAACAAACUCAAUUGACUGCCUCUGUGAUGAAUUUCAAUAAAUCUUUCUUAUUUCUUUUUCCUAAAAUGGGAAGAUGAAGGGAAGAAGGAAGCAUAUUUUAUCUGAAGUCAGUUUCUAAUUCAAUUAGAGCUUCAUCUUGGCCCCAUUGAACUCACUGGGCUUUUUGCCACUGAAUUUAAUAAAGUUAGAUUCAGACUCAUAACAUGCAGUUUCUUAUUUCUUCCAGAUAACCAAUUAAAAUAUUAAAUAUCUCAGGGUGAACGUCUGCUUCUUGUCCACAUUUUCUUUGAUAUUGUGUUAUUGCUUUUUCUUCUGUCCUUUUGUAACUUUUAAUUAAGUGUUCUUUUGUGUGUAGGUAAAGGGAAGCUGCUUUCUUUUAAAACUUUUCAGGAUAUGCUUUAGUUUUGAUCGUUUAUAAAAAGAGAAAAAAGUAGGAAUAUUAUUUUUUUCUUCUAGUGGAGGUUUAAUCUACCAAAUGUGCUCGCUUGAGGAUGAACUGGGAAAUGAGAUUAUGAAUAAGGGGUAUGAGAACAAACAUACACUUUCUCUCUCUCCUCUUUUAAUUUAAAAAAGAAAAAAAGGAAAAGAAUGUAUUUAGUUAUUAAGAAUCCUUGUUCAUCACUCUCUCCAGAAAAAAUAAACCUCCUUUAUAUUUAACAAAAUGUCCAUUGUGAAAACAAGAUUAUUACUUCUGAUAGUUGGAUUAAUUUCUGAAGCCUCAUAUUUAUCCAUUCAUUCUUUUUAAAUCUAUCCGGUCAGUGCUAACAUCAGGGACAACUGAAGAUAAGACCUUUUGAUCCAAUUUGUGUCAUUGGUUGUUAUCCCUGACAAUACAGGUAAAAGGAAUGUGAUACCAGAGUCUAAAGAUUCAGAUAAGAACUUGAAGCAGAAGAUGUGGGCAAAGCAGCACCUCUAAAACGUUCUUGAAUGUUGGUCUAUUCUUAUACAAAGAAGGAAGCUGUUUCAGUGAUGGAGAGAAGAAAGGAAAGAGAAAGGGAAUGAGGAGGCUGAGGGGAGAUCCCAUUGCUCUCUAAAACUACCUGAAAGGAGAUUGUGGUGAGGUGGGAGUCAGUCACUUCUGUCAUUUUUUAGUAAAAAGAAUGUGAAAAGUUGUACCAGGGAGAGUUCAAAUUAGAUGUUAGAAAAAUGUUUAUCACUGAGAAUGGUGAUUAACCAUUGAAAUAGGGUGUCCAGGGAGGUUGUGGAGUCACCCUCUCUGGAAGUGCUCCAGGUUUCUCACUCAGGGAUAUGGUUAAAGGGUGAUUAUGGUGGUGCAAGGCUGAUGGCUGGAUUAGAUGAUCCUGAAAGUCUCUUACAAAAUGCAUGAUUCUGUGUGACUCUGGCUUGAUUUUCUUUCAGAUUUGUUCUGGUGACCAUGAACUUGUUGGGUGGCAGAGUAUGUACCAGUAGCACUGCCUGGUUAAUACUAGAACAAAGGUAUAUUAUGCUCCAUUCGGGCAAAUAUUUGAAAAUCCUAACCUUGCUCUAAGUAAAGAUGUUGCACUACAGGUAUUGAUUUGGGCCUUAUGUGCAACGCCAAAAAUAUGCUAGUUAUCACUUUUCUGUGUGCAUUCACACAGCAUAUUGGUAUACGCGAGAUGGAAACUGAAUGCUUUUCUAGAGCAUCUGAAAUUAAGUAAAAUUUAAAUUUUUACUUGGGUUUAAUAACAGCAGGGGACUAGAAGGGGAGAAAGUAAAAUCCCAUCCAAACUCUUGAUGUGCCAUGUCAGUAAAACAUUUCUAAUUGUGUAAUUAAAUCUACUUUUUUACUUUAAAACCUAAAUUACAGAGUGUAGGGUGUUAGAUGCAUGAGGGCAUUUUGCACUCCUUGUAAGAAUUAAACUAUUGGUGACUUACAAGGUUUUCUAAUGACAAAACUGUCUUUGCAAUUCAUUAUUGCCUUGGUUAUUGAUUUAUCUAGGUCUCUAAGGAACAUUACAGACUGAUCUGAAAUGUCUGUCUCAUGUAUAUUGAAAAGACUUAAAACUGCUGAAAACAACCUAUUGGAUGUCUGAAUAACUUUGUCUAAUUGUUGAUUUUAACACUAGCUUAAAGGAUAUGUUGGAUGUUAUCAUGUCAUUAACUUUUCCCUCUGAGGGUUCUUGAGUGUUUUUCUGCAUACUUUAUGUUCCUUGCUCUAAAUGUAGUAAGGUAAAGAAAGAAUUUUUCUCAAUUCAGCCUUUUGCUGUGAAUACCUCUCCAGUAAAGCCUUUCAUCUUGACUUAUAUUUUUUCUUUUGUCUGAAAAUCAACGUGCAGUCUUUUCUAUGCACUGUUCAUACUGGACAGCUUCCAGGGUUUGAAAUCGUGCCAAUGUCACUGUAAGACAGGAAUGUAAUAUUUGUUUAGUUAAAUCAAAUGGGAACCAUAGAUCAAGAUGUUAUUUAUAUUCCAAUGGCACAGGCUAAUUUUAGUAGCCAAGCUAUAUAUGUGUCAAGGAAGCAGUUGCUAAACCUUGCUUAAAGAGCUUUGAUGUCUGUUGAUCUUGCUGAUUGCAGCCAUACCUUUCAUCUGAAAGUGAUAAAUGACAAAUUAAAAACCACAUGAGAGCAAAUUAAUGCCUUUUAUUUAAACAAAUAGAUGGGAAACCAUUUUGUCUAUAUUAGCUCCAGAAAACAUCAUUUAAACUUCAUUAAUUUUCUCCUUUUUUUUUUUUCAUUUGAUCCAGGUGGUGGGAUGCUUUCUUUUUCUCUUUCAGACUAUGACUUGGAUAAAACAAUGUUGAAUAAAAUGAAUUUCAACAAGAAUGAAGGAAUGAAACAAAGAUAAGUUAAACUUAGAACAGUCCUUGGAUUUGUCUAACAGAGUUGCAAUUGGGGUAGUUUCUGUGCUACUAAAUACUAUAUCUAAGCUGAAGUAGUGUAUCUGGACAGAAUUUUUAGAUGAGAGAGGAAAAAGGACUUGUUAAGAGAACAUGUUAGACUCAAAUCAGGUGUUCCUUGAUGUUGGUCAUGAUUAUGUGAGUUUCAGAUAUCAUUAAAGUUACCUUGUUAUACAAGAAAAUUUUCCUGUGACAGAAACUGGCAAAAUUCGAAAAAUUAAAUUAUUAUUUUGCAGCAAAGUAAUAAGAUGACUAUUUUUUUAAUUCAUCAAGGCAAAGAAAGAGAUAAAAAUGACAUCAUUUAAUUAUACUAUUCAGAUAUUUUGGAGAGAAAUACAUGAGUCCAUGAUGAUUCAUACCAUACAUCCUAAAAUGAAUUUUUUUGUAUUUUGGGAGAGUCCUUGGCUGAGCAAGUAUUUAUUUAUGUAUGUAUUUAUGUAUAUGCAAAAUAAACCUAUUCCUCUGGAAAACUGCCAUAUUUUGAUGUGAAGAUUUAAGAUCUCCUUCCUUUAUCUCUAAAAUUAAUGAGUAUAAGAAUUGUCAGCAGGCUUUUAUAUUGCUUAAAACUAAAUGUGAGUGAUCAAACAAUAUUGCAGAAAUGCCUCUGAAAAAAAGAAGUGAAACUCAAAGCACAAAACUUUAAUGUGAUUCACUAGCUUAGUGGGAGGAUGGUGGCAUGUUUGCAAGAAUUUAUAGGUCAAUGAAUGUGCUGAUAUUUAAAUAGCAUAUACUAUUGAAAUUAUGGCAAAUUUCCAUUGAUUUUUAAAGUAUUUUAAAGUAAAGAUUUUUAAAGUAGAAUAUAACUUUAGAAAUAUCCUUAUCAUAAGGUACAUGGCAACUUGGAUGAUAUUGUUUAGUAGAACAAUUAGUAAUUGGGUUAAAAAACAUGCUUCAACUUUUGAGCUAUUCUUGUUAGUAUGAAUAAUCAAGGUAAAAUAAUAAAUAAUGCUAAUGACAAUUUAAUGAAAUGUGACUAGUGACUAGCACCAGAGAUCUUUUGAAAUGGCUGAUCUAUUCAUUACUUUAUCAGAAAUGCAAUUUUUAAACAUUAAUAUAAUAAACUGUGUUUGUUUCAGAUUUUUAUUUUUAUAAAAAACGGAUCCUAAUACAGAUGUAUUUUAUAUUUGAUUUAACAGAACUAUUCUUAUUCUAUCCACUUAUUCUCUGUCUGUCAAAGUUUACACUAGUAUAACAGUCACAAUUCACAAUUUCUGAUCUGCGAAUUCAGAAAACUUAGUGGUAUUGCUGCUAUUUGUAAUGUCUUUUUGUCACUUUUUAUUAUUUAUGAACUGAUGGUGCUUUGUUGUGCAAACUGAGACAACAUUUUGAAAAAUGUCAUGUCUCUCCUUAUCUGUUAAUUUUUAAAAGUACAGCAUAUAUUUUAGUGUGGUGUAAUCUUUUAAUUUGUUCUUUGUAGUCAGGUUCUACAUUGAUCUCUCCAAAAACAUCAACAUGCAUCUAUUAAUUGGUCAAACCAGAGUCUACACUGUAUUUCUGAAGUGUGCCCUGAAAAACAUAAAUUUCUUUGGCUCCAUUUGCUCUUCCUAUUUUCUCAUUAGGAUGUCCAAGGAUUUUCACUGAACUGGUGGGAUUGACUACAACCACGAACUGAAAAUGCCUCCAUUUAAAGUUUUCUUCUCACUGAAAAAGAUCACGACUUCAUAUUUCAAAUUCCAAAUGGAAUUACCAUUUAAAGUGAAUUUGUUCAGCUGAAAUUUCUGGGAUCUUAGGCACUCCAGGCUACUGGAAAGACAUCCUAUUAUUAAUCCUGAAUUAAUGAAGAAAAUGGACUUAGGGCAUGAUCCAGAGCCCAUUGUAGUCAAUGGGAGACUUUUUCCAUUGACUUCAUCGGGGUUUGGAUCAGGCCUUUACUACCUAAAAUGAAUAAACUCCCAGCAAAAUCUGCUAAAGUGGCAUCCUUUCCUGAGAUCUUAGAAGAUAAUGAAGACAAUAAUACUCAUACUUCACCCAUGACUAUGGCUGUAUGUGUGGCUCACUGCUCAUGAGGAGCACCCAGUGUAUCUUAAAAGCAAAGAAAACCCUUACAAGUCUAAGCAUUGCUGGUCACAUUCAGAAUUUUUGGUCUGGGAAGUAGGGAUUUAUGUUCACAAAAUAAAUUGUUUAAUUACGAGAAACAAAGCUGAUACAUUUCUGAAUAUCUCUUAGUUUCCAAGGGAAACAAGAUUAUUUAAGAGUAAAAUUCCCAGAACUCUAGUAUGUGAAUUUUUGAUGUUCAGAAGUAAAAAUAAUAAUGUCAACAGAGACUUUACUUUUUCAGUCACAAAAACUGUAAUGAUAGUACUUAACCAAAUCAUCAGUCUAUGAAGAAUGAUGAUUUUCAAGUUACUAUAGAGAAUGUCAAUGUGGUACAAAAUUGAAGGCAACUAAAGGAUUCACUUAAAAAUAACAAAUAGAAGGGAUUUGCAAAGUUCUUGUUUAGUAGUGGUUGUUUUGACUUUUUUAGGAAAAAAAAAUUAAAUCUCCCCUAACUCUUGAAUCUAUUUUCCAAAUGAAAAGUUCUAAUUAAGUCAUGUAAAUGUCUGAAAUCCUGAAUUCCUGAUAAUAGAGGCAAAGCAAUGGCUUCAGGGCUUUUGGCUUCAUCAUCUUGAUUAGUUACAUGUCUGACUUGGACCUCUGCAGGACUGUCUCUGUGUCUGAGAUGCCUCUAAAGAUAAUACUUUUGUAGCAGAAAUCUUGUCAUGUUACUUCAGUUGUUCAAUAUUGAUCUGAUUAAUUAUGUCCCAAAAUUACCUCUAUCUCUAUAUCUGUUAUGAAAGAAACAAAUAUGACAACUGAAAAAUACAUGUAUAUAUUUGGGCACAUAAUUUGCUUUCUCCUCCAUCCUCAUGACGCAAACUGAGAACCUUAAAACAUUGCAAUCAGCAAAUUUUUAAAAAUCCAGAGAUUGAACAGUGAAGUUGUUGAUACAGCCUUUGGACUUCCAAAAAUCCUUCCUGUAGCAGUAGAGAGGACUUAGACACUGCCAAUUGUAAUUUUCACAAUUUUGAAGCAAAUGAUUUGCAAAGGGAAGAAGAAAGAGUUUAAAAGAUUUUUGCCAGAUGUUCAGGGACAUCUUAAAUUCAGACACCCUAGACACAUUCUUCUCCCUUUCCUCCUAUGUGAAAGUGCUCAUAUUUUCCAUUUCUUGCCAACACUCUGAAGUGAUUGCUGCCUUGUACUUGUAGAAAAUUCUGUCAAAAUCUGAUAUUUUUUAACAGACUCUUUUGUUCCUCAUUUCUUUCACAUAAUGACAUGCACAGAGAGAAAAUUGUUAUUUUAUGUGGCACCUUUGAAAGAGUUACUUGUAAUAUUUAGUUAACUUUUUUUCUUUUAGUCAAAACUAAUAAAUAAAUAAUAUGGGACAGAUUGUUGGUGUUUCUGAGGUAAUUCCAUAAAGGCAGAGUUUCUUGGUUGACUGAAAGAGAAAUGGACAUGCUUGAAAAUUCUGUUUGGGAGAUAUAAUGAUACAGUGAAAUUCCUCAGGAAUUCUUGCUUUUAUAUUUAAUCCAAAUUUCUUUUUCCAUUAGAAAUUAAAUUGAUUAAUCUUGUUGGUUUACACAAAUUUUGGGGAAACAUUAUGAUCAAAGUAUGUAUUGUAAUUUGGAUCAUUAUUUCACUCUAUAGUUUGUUUUCUUAUAAUAAGUUCAAUGCCUUACUAGGUGACUCUUGUCAUGGUUUGCAUCUCCCUUGAUUGAUAUGAUCUUAUUUGACCCCAUUUUUGCAGUUUAAAAUGUUGUAUAGGUCAAAACUUCUAUUUGAACACUGGAAACGUUUACCAUUACAUUUUCCUAAGUUAUAUUCUAUAAGUCAGAUUGAUAUGACUGUAGAUUAUAAUGCAAUUAAACUGUAAAUCUCUAUAUGUAAAUUAUAGAUACAGUUCUGAGGUUGACUUUGGAGUCUGUUUUUUGAAAUUUGCUCUUAUACUGGAUAAUUUUUAAAUAAAUAUUAAGCUCA